CAACAAAAACCCAUUGCGAUAUUUAUUUGUUAUCACUAAUAAAAUUUUCUGAUAUUAAUUUUCUUCUUCUGUUUUCUGCGAAUGAAUGAGAAAAUGAGAAAGAGCUGAAUUGGCAUGACAACUGCUUUUCCAAUUCGAUACGAAUCGCUAUGAGAAGAGUCCUGGACGGAGAAAAAUCGAACAAUUUGUGAAAACAACAAAAUGAAAUAACAAAAAUAGCUGCUGUAGAGGUCGACAACAAGAUUCCUGCAGGAUGAAAAUAGGAGCUGGCGCCAUCAACGGUCGAUCCAGGGAGCUAUGCAGUGCGACGCCGAGGCGUCGGUUCGGGAGCUUUGGAUCGGCCACAGGCAGCCAACGGGCAGUCUAGCACGCGACGCUGACGACGCUUUACUACGAAAAGUUCACGAUGAUUUCACGUAUCGGAUGUGUUGUAGCUUUCGUUGCAGCUACAUUGGCUUGCGCCUCGUCGAGGGCGGUUAACAUAAGCAAUACCUGGAUGCUCCCAGAAGAAGGAUUUCCUGUAUUUUAUCGCUAUUUCCGAGAUAGAAUAUCGUGGUAUGAAGCUGACGCCGUCUGCCAGUUCCAUCACGCUAACCUGGUUACCGUUGAUAACACUUCUCAAUUUGAUGCAGUACGAGCGUUCUUGAAAGAAUUGGAUAUCACUAAUAAUGUAUGGAUUGGACUAUCCAGGAAUUCCGAUAAAGCUCAGUUUGCAUGGUCAGACUUUCAACCACUGACUAAUGAGGGUUACUGGCAGGAGGCUGUUCCAGAAACCACAGGAUCACUAUGCGCCGCUACUGAUCCUGCUGCAGAUUUUCGAUGGCACGGAUUAUCCUGUGGCGGACCUGACGUAGCUUCCUUUAUAUGCGAACUUCCAGUGCCAAAAUGGGCAUUGGGCACAGGAGGAUGUCUUAUCACAGAACUUCCAUCGUUGACUGUUUUGUACGUUCCAGAACAAUCUGCAGUGGAAUUAAUAUCAGACUGUGGACUAGAUGGUACAAAACAGAUUGCUUGCAAAGGAAAUACUGAUCGCGAAGAAAUGAUGAAGCAGCUUUCGUGCGGAGAGUUCGACGGCAAUCUUGACGACAAAUCAACAAAGCCCUCCGUACAAAUGAAUUCAUCACCUGAUUUACCCAUCUCGCCCGUUAACACUCCCGUUUCGACAGAAACAAAGACUACAAAACACUGGACUUCGAAUACCGUGGACGUGGAUGCAUAUUACCCUACGAGACAUAGACGUGAGACUGACAACACAUUGAGUUCAUACGUAACAAGGAGCACUCUGAAAAUUACUGACGACUCGAAUAUGAAAGUCGAAAAUACGACCACUUCUCACGUUCUUUUAAGGGGAGACACGGUAGAUGAGGUACAACACAAUCUUUCAACAACUAACAAAGAGGAAAAGGACUCUUCAUUUACUACGGAUCCGACAACGUUCGUAUUCAAAGCGUCCCCGGUAACUCAAGAGGACACUAACGAGUAUCCAGGCGUCAUCAAUCAGGGACAGUUAUUUAGUCUCUUGGACAAUGUCACUUUUGACGUAGUAGACUUGAACGAAACAGGCACAGUAGAGAACGGUCCCGUAAAGGAGUAUUUGCUAACUACUGAACAACAGGGACAAAAACUUACCACCAACGUAAACAAAGAAACGACCACACCAAGAACCACCCCUAACGAGAUAACAAUCACAACGGUUUUGUACCAGAAAGAACCGCCUCAAGAUGAAAUGCCUGUGACAAACAAAGACCUUAAAAAACCGAAGAAAGAAAUGGAAACUCAGACGUUCCCGACGAACAGAACAUACGAUGAUAUCGAUAGCAACAAUACCACCGACGCUGACAUCUCAGACUCUAAAACUUCCUUAGAUAAGAAAGUCGAGUUCGCCAUAUAUCAAGCGUCAGAAACAUCCCGCUCGCUGCACGAACAAAAGCCCCAAGAUGACCUAAUUACCAAAGAAAAAAACAUUAAGAAAACAUCGAAGGAAAUAGAACUUUUUCCAAUAGCUACGGAUCCAAACGUUAAACUAAAUCGAACGUUCAGAAAACAACUUCCUACGCCCACCAAAUUUCCAAAAAAGUACGUUCAAGCCUCGACAUACAUUCCAAACACAAAAUAUUCUGGUACAAAGGAUUCAAAUGAUAAAACUCGUCCGGUGACAGAAGAGAUAAGCGAACACAUUAUUCUCGACGGUAAUAAAGAACACAAGGUGGUGGAAAUCAAACUCCAUUCGUCGGAAAAGGAAAACAUUACAAAGUUGGUAAUAACGACGAAACGUUUGAAACAAAAUGAAAGCCCAGAUAGCGCUGAUGUUAAAAAAGUACCCAAAACAAAAAGUCCAAUCAAAAAUGACAAUGAAACAAAGUUUUUAUUGACUUCUGACUCGUUAAAACCAGAAGGAGGAGAUAUAAUUUCAGACGGCAAUUCUAAACAGGAAAAAAUUCCCAGUAUCACCGAGGCUUUUCCGUAUUUCAAAAAAACGAACAAACUUAAUAAUCAACAGGAAAUGUAUGAAGAGCUCGCAAACCUCAAUUCUAAUUCCACUGACACGACUGAAGGACGCAAUUUCAGUAAAGCAGACUUUGAAAUCCAGCAAGCUCCUUUAAAAUUAGAUUCUGUGGAACCGGGAAACGGAGAAGAGUUACAGCGUUCGGUAAAUGAAAAUAAGUUGGAAAAUAGUGAACCCACCUUGCAAAGCUUGCAAUCGGAACCCGAAGUGAAGAAAAACCUUAUCAGAAACAGAAAGGUAACCAAGUCCCAACGCACAUCAUAUUAUCCGUUCUUUAUUGGCAGAGUAAUUGGUUAGGCGAGCUCUGCUUUCACCACCAACAUAACAUGAUGCUCUUAAUGUACAAAUGCGACUUUCCUUUCAAUACAAAACUUUCAUUCGCAAAUUAAACGACAUAUAACAUUCACCACUCCAUUCAAUCUAGAUAUAACCCAAUGAAAUACGUUACCUACUCUUUUAACAUUUUUGCGUUGCAAAAUAUUUUAUUUGGAGCUGAAUUCAAACAUAAGUAAAUGUAGACAGGGGCGUCAUUAUCUUUUUUUUUAUCUCUGGUCAGAUUAUGAUAUUAAAGAGAAAAAGAAACUUUCCCCCUUGGACAAACCAAGAACUGACUUCUAUUAAGGGGAUUCAGUAGUACACGCGCCGUAUCGGUUCUAUACAUCAUGAGUUUAAUAUUUGGAAUAGGGGUUUGAAAUUUUGUAGUAAGGUAGAUAAAGCUAUGUUCUAACGUCUAUCGAACGACAUUUUUUAAUUUUUUAAUUUCUAUUGAAAAUACGUGUCCUACAAGAACCAUCAACUUUAAGCACUUGUACAAGC